CUAAUGUAUCCAAGCCUAGCGCGUCGUUUACUGAGCGGCCUACGUUGUAUCGCUUCUUGGCCUCGCGGCCCUCAAACAUCGCCGCCAUCAUCGCCUGUCGCCCUGCUAUCGCGGUUAGAGCGUAAAGUUCCUUACAGAGGCCAUCCUCAAACCCUUAGCACAAGACAUUUUUCGUUGACUGCAAGUAGUCUCCCAACGUGCGUUGGAGGAAUGUCAAUUUCCGUUGAUGAGGCCAAAUCCCUAAUUUGCGAGCUUUGCCGGCUCUUUUAUGAUCAAGGAUGGGUAUCUGGCACUGGAGGUGGCAUCUCCAUGAAAGCCGGCGAGCAAAUUGUCAUGGCACCUUCGGGCGUGCAGAAGGAGCGCAUGCAGCCCGAUGACAUGUUCAUCCUUGAUGGCAAGGGCGACAUUAUACACACGCCUGCGGCCAAGCCGCCCCCUAACAGGCCACCCAAGCUCAGCGAAUGCUCGCCGCUGUUCAUGGCGGCGUACGAGAUGCGUGGUGCGGGCGCGGUUAUCCACAGCCAUUCCAUGAACUCGGUGCUAGCGACCAUGCUUGACCCCGCGUCCUCCGAGUUUGUCAUCACACACGUUGAGAUGAUUAAGGGCAUUGAGGGCCACGGCUUCUACGGGCGCUGCGUUGUACCCAUCAUCGAGAACACGGCACGCGAGUGCGAGCUGACGGAUCGACUGCGGGCGGCCAUUGCGGCCUACCCACAGGCGAACGCGGUGCUGGUGCGCAGACACGGUGUGUACGUGUGGGGCAAGGACUGGAUCCACGCCAAGACGCAGGCGGAGUGCUACGACUAUCUGUUCGAGGCCGCGGUGCGAAUGAACGCCAUGGGCAUCGACUACCGCCGCCCGCCGGUGGACGUAGGAGCUGCUAACGGGCACAGCGAGGGGGAGGCGGGCCCUGCGGCGAAGAAGGCCAAGACGAAGCAUGGCGCGGCCCUGCCCAGCUGCAUCGUGCUGGACAUCGAGGGCACGGUGGCUCCCAUCAGCUUCGUGGCGGACGUGAUGUUCCCCUACGCGCGCCAGCACUGCCGGGCCUUCCUGGAGUCGACCUUCCAGCAGCCGGAGACGCAGGCGGACAUUCAGCUGAUCCGGGAGCAGGCGGAUGCUGACGUGGCUGAUGGUGUGCCGGGCGUCAGCGUCAUUCCCCCUGCCGGCUCCAGCCAGGCGGAGGUGGUGGAUGCGGUGGAGGGGUGGGUGCAGGCGGCCAUCCAGGCGGACCGAAAGGUGACGGCGCUCAAGAAUCUGCAGGGCCACAUCUGGCGCUCCGGUUUCCGCAGCGGCGCCAUGCAGUCGGAGCUGUUCCGGGACGUGCCGGACGCGCUGGUGGAGUGGCGGGCCGCGGGCAUCAAGACCUACAUCUACUCCUCGGGCAGUCGGGAGGCGCAGCGCCUGUUCUUUGGCUACUCCAAGGUUGGCGACCUGCGGCCCUACCUCUGCGGCUUCUUCGACACCACCUCGGGACCCAAGGUGGAGGCGGCCAGCUACUCCAACAUUGCCCUCUCGUUGGGCAC